AUGGCCGGAGAUUCUAGGAUCUUCAUGAACCAGGACAUGGACAUCGGAGUGACAUCCAGAGAGCCGAAGAAAAUUCCCAAGCAGGCUCGGGAUGAUGUCCCUAUUGCCACCGACCGGACUCGCCUCAUAUCAGCAGAAGGUAAGAAGCCCCGGCAGCGUUACAUGGAGAAAAGCGGCAAAUGCAACGUCCACCACGGGAAUGUCCAAGAAACCUACCGAUACCUUAGCGACCUCUUCACGACACUGGUGGACCUCAAGUGGCGUUUUAACCUUCUUGUCUUCACUAUGGUCUAUACCAUCACGUGGUUGUUUUUUGGCUUCAUAUGGUGGCUCAUCGCCUAUCUCCGGGGAGACCUGGACCAUCUCGAAGAUGAGAACUGGAUCCCCUGCGUCGAGAAUCUCAGUGGAUUUGUUUCCGCGUUUCUGUUUUCUAUCGAGACGGAGACGACGAUUGGGUAUGGCUAUAGGGUCAUCACGGAGAAGUGCCCGGAGGGCAUCGUGCUGCUCCUGAUCCAGGCUAUUCUGGGCUCCAUUGUCAACGCGUUCAUGGUGGGAUGCAUGUUUGUCAAGAUCAGCCAACCAAAGAAGAGGGCUGAAACCCUCAUGUUUUCUAACAACGCGGUGAUUUCCAUGAGGGAUGAGAAGCUCUGUCUCAUGUUCCGGGUUGGAGACCUCCGCAACUCCCACAUUGUCGAGGCUUCCAUUAGAGCCAAACUGAUUAAGUCCAAACAGACCAAAGAAGGAGAGUUUAUCCCCUUAAACCAAACGGACAUCAACGUGGGCUUUGACACUGGAGACGACAGAUUGUUCCUGGUGUCACCUCUUAUCAUCUCGCAUGAAAUCAAUGAGAAGAGCCCCUUCUGGGAGAUGUCCCGCACCCAGCUGGAGAAGGAGGAGUUUGAAAUUGUGGUCAUCCUGGAAGGCAUGGUGGAAGCAACAGGGAUGACUUGCCAGGCUCGCAGCUCCUACAUGGACACCGAGGUGCUGUGGGGACACCGCUUCACUCCCGUCCUCACCCUGGAGAAGGAUUUUUACGAGGUCGACUACAACAGCUUCCACAGCACGUACGAGACCAACACGCCGGCGUGCUGUGCCAAAGAGCUGGCCGAGUCGCGGCGGGAGGGCCAGCUCCUCGGCCACCUCUCCAGUGCCACCCUCCUGAGCGGAGGCAGAGAAAUGGAGACGCCGAAAGGUGACGAAGAAGAGGAAGAAGACGGUGAGCUGGCGGGGUUGCACGGCGCCAAUGGGACGGCGGGAGAGGCGGAAGAAGAGAUGCCCGUAUAA